AUGGCUUCUCCAAGCAAUCUGGAGCUUAUCAAAGCGACGAUUUGCUCCAUUACUAGCUACGAAAAUGCCCGCGAAGGUCAGGUCAAGGUAGUGGCUCGAUUAGUCUUCGAAAAAGCCAACACGGUGCUCGUCGCGGCAACGGUGUCACGGCCGGCUUGGAAUGAGGGCGGAACUCCUCUAUUAGGCGCUAUAGACGAAGAUUCUAAACUAAAGGGAAAAGGGAAAAGAAGCUCAAAAGCCUCCCCUCGCGAGAUUCUUCCAGGGCGUCUCAAG